AUCUGGUGCCGCUGCUGGAGUCGUCGGAACUGGUUUCCAAGCCGUUCCCGCCACCAUGGCUUACCUACCCGUCAUGACCGUUCCCCAUGUUGCUACCGUCGCUGGAGGUCAACAACAACAACAACAACAAGGAGGAGCCGGAGUCGGAGGACAACAACAACAACAACAACAACAACAACAAGGAGGAGCCGGAGUCGGAGGACAACAACAACAACAACAACAACAACAAGGAGGAGCCGGAGUCGGAGGCCAACAACAACAACAACAACAAAAACAAUCCAAAAAAGUCGUUAAAACCGUAACCACUAAAGUCGUUACUACCAAAAAACAAAAACAACAACAACAACAACAACAAGCUGGAGCCGUAGUCGGAGGUCAACAACAACAACAACAACAACAACACCACCUUGCUGGAUACCGUACUGCUGCCCCCGUUUACACCGGAUACGCCGGAAGAUACGCUGGAGCCGUUGCCGGAGCUGCUGCUGGUGCCCGUGGCCUAGUUUACUAAACGACUAAUUAGGAUAAAACUCUCAAAUGAUCAAAAAAAAAAAAAAUUUAUUUCAAAAUUCAUUAACAUUUGUAACUGUCAUCCUUUCGAAUACACUAUAAAUAACCACUCUUUUUUUUUUUGGAAAUGUAUCAUCUUUCAGCACAAAUCUAAAAUAAAAAUUUUGCAUUCUUAAAUUU